AGCUGUGUUUUCAGUAGUGCAGAUUUUGGUGCCGGACCAAUCUGCACGCUGUUGUUUUAUCUCCGCCAUGCCUGUCGAUACCAAACGAGUGCGCGGCCCAGAUGUCUCCCAAAGCCCGUCUUUGUUUGCCAUCAAGCCGGCGGCGGCCGUCUCCUCGCUCGGGCCCCGAGCAGAUGGCCGCCAGCGGGACCAAGUGGACGUCCGGCCGGUGUUUGUCAGGUGCGGGCUGGUGAGUCAGGCGAAGGGCUCCGCGUACAUGGAGGCUGGAGACACCAAGUUGAUGUGCUGCGUUUACGGACCCAGAGAAACGGAGCGGAAAGACGAGACCGACAUGAAAUGUGGAAGGUUGUCGACUGACAUGCGUUUUGCUCCAUUCUCUUGCCCGGAAAGAGGCUCUUGGAUUCAAGGGAGUCAGGACAAGGACUUUUCUCUGAUGCUGCAGGAGAGUCUGCAGCCCGCCCUGUGCCUCCACAAAUACCCUCGCUCUCAAAUCGAGGUCAACGUGAUGGUGCUGGAAAACAGCGGUUCAGUCCUCGCACACGCCGUCACCUGCGCUUCCCUCGCCCUCGCAGACGCGGGCAUCGAAAUGUACGACCUGGUUCUGGGCUGUGCCAUCUGCCAGGACGGCCCCUCUUUUGUGGUGGACCCGACGUACGCGGAGGAAAACGGCUGCAGCUCAGUCGGCGGUGGCAAUCGGGGAAGGCUGACAACGGCAUUCCUGCCCAGUUUGAACCAGGUUUCCGGGCUCCAGUCGGAUGGAGAAAUGACGGAAGAGACUCUGUCAGCCGGGGUGCGUACGUGCAUCGAGGGCUGCUAUAAGAUCUAUCCUGUCAUCCAACAAGCUUUGGCUAAGGCAGUGCGGAAGGCAGCACCUCCACCAUCAGAGAGCUGAUCCACUUAUUCAAUUUGUGCCUUUUUGUCAGUUUUUCUACCGUAUUAGUAAUUAAGCAUGUCCGAUUCCAAUACUGAUCAUCCAAAAGUGAGAUCAUCUGAUACUAAUCACAUGUAUUAACUGUUUAUUUUUCAGUUUUCAGUUACAGUAUACUUUUAGACCAGGCCUGGGCAAUUAUUUUGAAUCGGGGGGGGCCAACUUUAGAGAAAAAAAAUGUGUCUGGGGGCCGGUAUAUCUAUUUUUAGGAGCACUAAUACAAAACCUCACAAUAAUGUCUGAUUGAAUGCUAAAAACGUUAUGACAGACCGCCUUAAAAAAUGGAAUGGGAGGUUAUUUUCUUUACUGAAUGAGACACCCAGAAUGUACAUGAAAAUAAAGAAUGUGGGAUUUACAAUAUUAACUAUGAACGAUAAAACACUGAAUAUUGACAACAUGUGAACGUCACACCCCCUCUCCAUCGACAUAUUUUACAAUCAAACAAAAAUGCAACAACCGCAGCGAAAUAUGAACGUGAACAAACCCCCACCUACAAUCUGAAAUAUUACUAAGCUUUAGAACUUUGUUGUAAAAAUCUCCUUCCGCGUCUGUCCCUGACACCCGCAUUUCAGGCUGGCCGCUGUGGAAACGCUCCCCACCCAAACUGCUCGGUGCCUCGUCUGAGCUGCUGUGACGUAGAUGACCAUAGUAACUAAUUUGAUUACCAUAGUAACUAGUAUAUCAUGCAAAAGCGCAGAUUCCAACCAUUGAAAUACUUUAUAUACCGUAAUUUCCGGGCUAUAAGCCGCACCAGCUAAAUUUAGGGGAAAAUACAGAUUGCUCCAUAUAUAAGCCGCACCCGACUAUAAGCCGCAGGGUUUUGAUGUGUAAUUACCGUAGUAUAUAGGGGUUCCUGCUACCACGGAGGGGAUUGUCGGGACAGAGAUGACUGUUUGGGAACGCAAAGCGUCCCAUUUAUUAACAAUAAAUCUUUCAAUCAUUCAAUCAAACUUUCACAUCUUUGACAUGGCGAACAGCAUUCGUGCAGAGUACAAAUAAUACAACGGUGCAAAGUAAUACAAAGUGCUCGCCUGUACGUUAUCAAAAUAACCAGCCUACCGGUAUAUGAAAAGUCAGUCUUUAAUCAUUGUGUCAUCGUCUUCCUCCUGCAUACUAAAACCACCGAAAUCCUCUUCGUCGGUGUCGGAGAAGAACAGGCCGUAAAUAAGCCGCACCCUUGUAUAAGCCGCAGGGACCAGAACGAGGGGAAAAAGUAGCGUCUUAUAGUCCGGAAAUUACGGUAGUUCAAGACUUUCGUUGAUUUGAAAACAUCACUGCACAUCAUUAUAGCAGCGACAGUCUCCAUCUUAAAGAUCUAAAAAAAAACUAUUUGGGAAUGUCCGGCGGGCCAGAUUGAAAAGCUUAGCAGGCCUUCAUUUUCCCAAGUCUGUUUUAGACGAAACAUGUCAUCAGACUUAUUCUACUGGGUUUUCUUUCUACAGAGCAGCCUGUUUAAGUCCACCAACUCAUCAAGUACUAGUCCACUGUGUUCUCAUGACUAAAAAAAAAGUGCUCGCUUAAGUCAACGUCAACCGCUUUUGGUGACUUAAAAUUUGGGAUCAGCUGAUGUUUUGAGAAAAAAAGGAGGGUCCUAUAUCCAUGUCAAUAAUGUUUUGGUUGGCCAAGUCAGCUGGUAGAGUAGAAAUUAACAUAAAAUGGUGUAAAUAGCUGCUGCAUUGUUGGGUCUUUCCUCCAAUGUCGUACCUUCUACGAAUGCACUGCUGCAGUUCUCUUCCCUCGGGUGAAACACCUGCAAGUGUCAUUCGUUUCUCUCCACCUUGUUGUAACCGGUGUGAGGCUGAUGCAAUGUUACCUAAGGAAUCAACUGACUGAAAUGAGAGCUUCAGACAACCGUCAGUGUUUUUUUUUUGUUUUGUCUGUUAUUACCGACGUCUGAACAUUUUAAAAACUUGUCUGACCUGUACCUCCUAAUGUCCUGUUUAUCUGGAGCUCAUUUUAUGUAUUUUGUUUACAAGUUUGAUCAUUAACAUUUAGCAAAAGUGCUACUGUGCUUAGUUUGUUUCAACAAAUGAUUAGGAUUGCUGCUCUGUAUGUUAUCUGAGGAAUUCUGGCUGGUAUCGUCAUACACCUGUUUCAAAAUUGCCUCUUGUAAAGCUCCAAACCUUCAAUAUUACACAUUUGCACAAUAAACCUCUGAUUGGAA